AUGUUAAAUACGCGAAAUUUAAGAUUGGUAAUUGCAGUUUUGGCAAUUUUCGGUAUUGUAGUGUUUUUCGCUAGGUCUCAGAACUCUAUCGGCAGUCCCGUGCAACGAUUAAACAAGCCAGCACAAAAUAGUGACGCCUCGAUAUCAUCAGGGAAUAAUGAAACACAACAGCCUCAAAACCAGGAACAAUCAUCCCAAAGUGUAGAUGAGGAAAUAGAAGAAGAGGAAAAGAAAAACACUUUACAAGGUAAACCACAUCUGGGUUCGAAACCGCCAUACGAAAAGGAUAAUAAGCUGAAAGCGAAUAUUGCUGAAAAAUUGGACACAAGUGAUAAUGUCGCUGAAAAAUCGCCAGAAAAUGUUGUUGAAAAUGUUUCUGAGAAAUCGCCAGAAAAUGUUUCUCAACAAUGUAAUCAGGUAGAUUACGUUAUUAUGGUAGAUGCUGGAAGUACUGGCUCCAGAAUUCACGUUUAUGAGUUCAAUACUUGCUUUCAACCUCCAAAGUUGUUAUCAGAAGAGUUUAGAAUGCUCAAUCCUGGUUUGAGUUCGUUUGACACAGAUACUGUAGGCGCAGCCAAGUCUUUGGAUCCAUUACUAAAAGCAGCAUUAGAAAAAGUUCCUAAAGAUAAACAAAAGUGCACACCUAUUGCAGUGAAAGCAACUGCAGGUUUGAGACUUCUUGGAGAAGGCAAGUCCAAGGCCAUUUUAGAACAAGUAAGAACUCAUUUAGAAGAAAAUUACCCCUUUGCGGUAGUGCCCGGUGAUGGUAUUUCAAUUUUAGACGGAAAAGAUGAAGGCGUUUAUGCUUGGGUCACUGCCAACUACUUGUUGGGAAAUAUUGGCCAUAAGGAGAAAUUUCCUACAGCUGCUAUCUUUGAUUUAGGAGGAGGUUCGACCCAGAUUGUAUUUGAACCAGAUUACAAAGAUCCAUUCCCCGUUGAAGAAGAAACUAAAUACGAUUUUAAAUUUGGUGACCACGAUUUCACUUUAUACCAGUUUAGCCAUUUGGGAUUUGGAUUGAUGCAAGGAAGAAAUAAAAUUAAUAGCUUGGUAAUAAAAAACUUUCAAAAAGAUAACGAUAAAGAUGAGAACAUUUCAAAGUUGAAAAAGUACAGUAGUAAAAAGGAAGCACAACUGGCUACUGCCGAGGUCGAUAUUGUUAAUCCAUGCAUAUCACCAAACCAGAUUGCAAAGAAUGUUUUGGUUGAGAUUAGCGAGGAGGAAUUUUAUAUUGUUAACAUGAAGGGCUCUUCCAAAGCAACAGGAGCGCAAUGCAGGUUUUUGGCGGAGAAAACGUUGAAUAAAGAUCUUAGCUGCAACACGAAACCAUGUUCCUUUAACGGUGUACAUCAACCAUCGUUGACACGCGCAUUUAACAAGAAUUCGGACAUGUUUGUAUUUUCCUUUUUUUAUGACAGAACAAACCCCAUUGGUAUGCCAUCUAGUUUUACAGUGGAGGAGUUGAGAGACUUGACCAAAGCCGUUUGUGAAGGAGAUUCCUUAUGGAGUGACGUAUUUAUGAAAGAUCAUAUAACCAAACUUAACGAAGAACCACAAUGGUGUUUAGAUUUGAGUUUUAUUACAGCAAUGUUACAUACAGGUUACGAUAUACCAUUAAGUAGAGAGUUGAAGACUGCUCAAACUAUUGAUAAUAACGAGUUGGGUUGGUGUUUGGGUGCAUCUUUACCUUUACUUGACAAGGCAAAUGUUCAAUGGAAAUGCAGAAAUUAG